AUGUCCCGCCCAGCAGUCACCGCCCUCGCCCGCCCCCUCGCCCGCCAGCCCACAUCCCUCCCCGCAAGACGGUAUGCCAGCCACGGCCCCAGCUACAACCCUCCCUCUGGUUACAUCUUCGGCGAACGUCCGCCAAAAGACGGGAAGCGAGUGAAGGAAUCUUGGGAAAACAUCUACUACGUUGGCAUGUUUGGUGGUAUGGCCUUGAUGGGUAUUGUCUACGCCUAUAAGCCCGACACAAGUAUUCAAACCUGGGCUUUGAAGGAGGCUAGAGAGCGAUUGGAAGCUAGGGGCGAGGAGUACCAAUACAAGCCCAAGACCGCUUAG